GACUUAUAGAGCUGAGAUUUUUUUCUUUUCUUUCUCUCUGUCUUGUACUUGAAGUUUUCUUUGCGCUUCUGAUGGCCGGUACAUGACACACCGCUCAGGGAUUACACACACUCACACAGUAUACACACUCUCUCUCUCUCUCUCACACACACACACACACACACACACACACUCUCCCCCGCGCGCAUUAAUCCGCUUUUUAUCCUCAUCUCUUUAUUCUUCUCUUCCUCUCCGCUACUUUGGAUACUUUUUUCUUCUUGUUUUGUUUUGUUUUGUUUUGUUUGUUUUUCCAGCUCGGGGAUUUCUGGCUCUCUGAAGGGAAGCUCGUGCAGCGGACAUGGCCGGGAUCCGGUGGAACUUUACACCGCUUUUAUUAUCCUUAUUAUUAUUAUCAUCAUUAUUGUCAUUAUUAUUGUUAUCGCCGUCGUGCGCGCUGCAGAUGGACCGGGUGCGCGUGAGUUCCGUGUCCACGUACGGUGUGGAGCUCGUGGGCGUCGGUGGUCCGGUUCGGACCCGCAGGACGGGCACGGGCACGAGCACGGGCACGAGCGGACUGACCCAUCACAUGAAGCUCUCCGGGGUGAACGUCUGUGGAGGGCAGUGCUGUAUCGGAUGGAGCCAAGCACCUGGAUCUCAGCGCUGCACAAAACCCAACUGUCUUCCUAAAUGCCAAAAUGGCGGCAUGUGCCUUAGGCCACAGAUGUGUGUGUGUAAACCUGGAUCGAAAGGGAAAUUAUGUGAGCAAACCACACUGCCCACUUCCUCUCAUCCAUCUGGUCCAGUUAACGGACACGGUAACGGACACACCCUUGUGCCGCAGCGUCCGAUUCCUCAGCAAGUUUUCCCACAAGGACCUGCAUCAUAUCCUCUACCCAACACUAAAAUGACACACAUGACCCUGACCAUGAAGUCGGCACCCAACAGCCAACAGCCAAUCCCCUUUCAGCAACAUGUACAGCAUCCUGUCUCCAUAAACAUGCAACAGGGAAAAAGCCAGAAGUUUGUGAUCAAGCCAAAGUUUUAUCCCACACACAACACACACACUCAGCUGCACGGAGCAGGAUACACACCUGAGCGCAGCAUCCCUCUGAGUGCCGGACACCACUCACUACACGUGGCCAAUCACACGGGUCGGAUCAAACUGGUCUUCACGCCGACCAUCUGCAAGCUGACGUGUAGCGGCGGUCGCUGCCACAACACCUGCGAGAAAGGAAACACCACCACCAUCAUCAGCGAGAACGGGCGCGCCACAGACACACUCACCGCCCCCAACUUCAGAGUCGUGGUGUGUCACCUGCCCUGUAUGAAUGGAGGGAAGUGUAACGCGAGAGAUAAAUGCCAGUGUCCACCGAACUUCACCGGAAAGUUCUGCCAGAUGCCGACGCAGAACGGCCCGAGCACCAACAUCCAAACCACACACACACUCCCACUGAGCUACGGCCAUGGCCAGGGUGUGGUGAACAUUCACGUUAAUCAUCCCCCUGAGGCAUCGGUUCAGAUUCAUCAGGUGUCUCAGGUGGACAGCAGCAGCACUGUACAGAAAUUCCAGCAGCACAGCACGUACUCCAACCAGCAGAGCUUCCUGCAUUACCCGCCCGUCACGUCCAAGAGCCAGCUCGGACGCUGCUUCCAGGAGACCACCAGCAUGCAGUGUGGGAAAGCUCUCCCGGGCCUUUCUAAGCAGGAGGACUGCUGUGGGACGAUUGGCACUUCCUGGGGAUUCCACAAAUGCCAAAAGUGUCCAAGGAAACAAUCGAUCCCUCUGCUCGAGUGUCCACACGGGUACAAGAGGUUUAACAGCACUCGCUGCAUCGAUGUAAACGAGUGCCAGUUGUCGGGUGUGUGUCCUAACGGGAACUGCAUCAACACACCCGGGAGCUACAGGUGUUUAUGUCAACCUGGAUUCAUCCCCGACUCCACACUGACCAGCUGCUACCCCGAAGCCCCGCCCCCUGUGCGUGAGGAGGAGAGGGGGGCGUGUUUCCGUGUGUUCGGUGGCGGGCAUCAGUGUUUACACCCCGUCUCCACCGAGCUGAGCAAACAGCUGUGCUGCUGCAGCGUGGGGAAGGCGUGGGGGGGCAAGUGUGAGCGCUGUCCACUGCCUGGAACAGCUGCAUUUAAGGAGAUUUGUCCCGGCGGUUUGGGUUAUCAUGUGACCAAUCCGUACGUCUAUAAACCCAAACCUCCGCCUCCUCCUCCUGUAAACCCGGAGGUGUACGAACGAAGCGAUGGAUACCGUCCUGUGAUCACACACCCGAAACCCACCGUAGCGAUCUCACCGCUGCCCGUCCCCACGGUCCAGCAGCCCAUCGAGGCUUUCGGAUUCACUGAGAGACACCUACCUGUCCCAGGUGAACCAUAAAUAUAAACUCAAUCG